CAAUUUUGGAGCCACGAGGAGGGAUCCUUAAGUCCCUGAGCAGAGGGAAAGGCUGAACUCCGCAGCUGGAACACAUCCUUCAGGCCGGAACUAGAGAGCGAGAGCAUUGUUUCCCGUCGGAAGGGAAAAGUGAUGCUCCUGCCCCACACCCCCGCCGCUUCGCGACACCCGGAAGUUGCGUGUUCGCAUCCCGGCGCCGGCCUCCCUGUCAGGGGUGAAGCCGCAGCGGACUGCCCUUCCCCAAGAUGGCGACGAAGAUGGGUUCGCGACGGUGGAUGCUGCAGCUGAUCAUGCAGCUGGGUUCGGUGUUGCUCACACGCUGCCCCUUCUGGGGCUGCUUCAGCCAGCUCAUGCUGUACGCUGAGAGGGCCGAAGCUCGCCGGAAGCCCGACAUCCCAGUGCCCUACUUGUACUUCGACUUGGGGGCGGCCGUGCUGUGCGCCAGCUUCAUGUCUUUUGGAGUGAAGCGGCGCUGGUUCGCGCUGGGGGCCGCCCUUCAGCUGGCCAUUAGCACCUACGCCGCCUACAUCGGGGGCUACGUCCACUACGGGGACUGGCUGAAGGUCCGUAUGUACUCGCGCACAGUUGCUAUCAUCGGCGGCUUUCUUGUGCUGGCCAGCGGUGCUGGGGAGCUGUACCGCCGGAAACCCCGCAGCCGCUCCCUCCAGUCCACCGGCCAGGUGUUCCUGGGCAUCUACCUCAUCUGCGUGGCCUACUCACUGCAGCACAGCAAGGAGGACCGGCUGGCCUAUCUGAACCAUCUCCCGGGAGGGGAGCUCAUGAUCCAGCUGUUCUUCGUGCUGUAUGGCGUCCUGGCCCUGGCCUUCCUGUCAGGCUACUACGUGACGCUGGCUGCCCAGAUCCUGGCCAUACUGCUGCCCCCAGUCAUGCUGCUCAUUGAUGGCAAUGUUGCCUACUGGCACAACACACGGCGCGUUGAGUUCUGGAACCAGAUGAAGCUCCUUGGAGAGAGUGUGGGCAUCUUCGGGGCCGCCGUCAUCCUGGCCACUGAUGGCUGAGUGGCAUGGCAAGAGGCUGAGAUGGGCGCAGGGAGCCACCGAGGGCCACCCUGCCUUCCUCCUUGCUGGCCCAGUUUCUUUAUGCUUUCUGCUCUGUUGGUUUGGUUCUUUGCUGUUUGUAUAUGUGUUGGUAAGAGGCAGGUCUCUUCCCCGGUGCCUGGGCUCAGCCCUUGGGGGGGUGGGAGCCCUGAUGAUGAUGCCUUACCGGGGUUUUUCCUGUUCGUUAGUAGGAGACCUGAGGCCAACUGCUCCCUGGGUCUCCUGUCUCAGAGAAGGGAGUAAGGCAGGGCUCGGGUGGGGGUACUGAGAGUGGGAGACAGAGAAAGGAAGACCGUGAACUGGAAGUGAGCAAAUGUGAAAAACUCCUUUUUGAACCUGGCGAGUGCAGCUAGGCUCUAUAGUGCUGUUUGGAGACUGAGAGUGAGUAUGUGUGUUGACGCGGGGAUUGGGCUGGGAGGGGCCGAGAGGCCGGGCACCACAGAAGUCACGUGAGUUCUCAGGGUAUCCCAGGGGCAGAAGAAGCACUAGCUGUCGCCCCACCUUGAAAGCAGAGCAGGCCCCAGUCUGGGGGUGCAGGGGUAGGGUAGGCAGUGGCCAACUUCCUGUCUCCUGCCUCCUGUUUCCAGCUCUAUGGUUGGCCUGGUUGGGGUGAGUGCCCUCCCAAACACCAGACCACACAGUCCUCCAAAAAUAAACAUUUUAUAUAGACA